GAAGAGGUUAGCUACCAUUCAGGCCCUUGUUUUGUUUGCGCAGGAGGUUGGGAUCACGGAGGAGACCCUGGGUGCUCGGACCAGUUCGGCCAAGAGUCUGGGGUGGAACAUGUUGUGCUCGCCAUCGACUGACUGUGCGCAGGGGCAGACGUCAGCUGGAGUUGCCAUCUUUGCUAGACGUACGGUUGGGUUGAGAUGGCCAGACGGACUGGCCAGAGGAGCGGCAGUACCAUACAGACUGCUCUCUACCAUGGUCGACCUGCCUGGAUGGCCACCGUUGUUGGUAGGUAGUGCUUACUUGUACACGGGAGAAGGAUUGAGCCAGAGAAACCUACACAUACUUAAGAUGGCGGAGCAGGUGAUGGAAGGUGCUCACUUAGCGUUGCUCGGGGCCGACUGGAACUUCGGCUCAGCGUGCCUAGAGAUGUCCGGCAUGCCGCGCAAGGCGGGCAUGCUAAUCGUUUAUUUUUUUCAGAAGUGUGAGGUGACAGUGGGGUACUCCCGCAUAUAGCAGGGGGUGGCCAUUGCCGUUCGCACCGCAGACAUUGCCUGCUGCAAUAAGGUCCGAUUCGCAA